AAUAUAAUAUAAUAUGGCAAUGGCUUACUCUUUUCGGUUGGAUUGAUACAUCUAUAUUGUAUUGUACGAUCGUUGUUAUUUUGGUCAUUAGAAAACUUAGAUCUGUAAAAAAAGAAUUUGAUGAUGUUUUUAAUUCUGCAACUUCUCAGUUAUCGGAUUAUCCUACUUUAAUUAAUAAGAAAUUGAUUUCUUCUGUUGUCAGAAGAGUCUUAUGGUAUCCUGUGGUUCCAUUGGUAGCUCAAUUUUUUAAUUCUUUCGUUGAAACAUACGCUUAUGUUUAUCAUUCGAUAUCUUUUCCUCUACUUUCACUUUGCUAUGUUGGUAUGUCACUUCAAGGAUUACUUAAUGCUUUAGUAUUUUCUCAAGACAUUGCUGUUACUCAUGCUUAUCAUGCUGUUAAACUACAAUUGUGGAUUUCCAAUGUUAACUCUUUUGAGUAUCAUUAUCCUCAUCUUUCUCACAACAAAGAAUGGUUAAGUUAUAUGCUAUUGAUUAAACUCUUCUCGGCUCCAAAAAAUUCAUCAUCUCAAUUCAUUCCACCUGAAGUUUCAUCGCCAAUCAAUACUUUUGCUGGAAAUAAACCUAAUGUUUUUUCUGUUCUUGAAAAGGAUGAUUUAAAGGAUUUAAAGGAUAUAAGUCUUGACUAUCAAAAUGAUGAUCAAGAUAUUCAUUUAGCUUUUCCUGAACCUGUUCAUUUAAAAGAUUCUUCUCAAUUAAAUUUAUUAUCUAAUUAUUUAGAUUCAUCAAUUUCAUCUGAUCCAUUAAUAGGCUGUUCUAGAAGUAAUCAAAUUAAUCAAACUAAUAUAAGUAAUAUAAAUAAUAUAUGUAAUCCACUUAAUUCUACUACAAAUGUAAUAGAAAAUAAUGAAGGAAGGAUUGAUGUUAAUGGUGAAUCUACAAAAAGAGUAUCAAAGGAAUCCACAAAAAGAGUAUCAAAGGAGUCUACAAAAAGAUUUGGUUCAGAUAUAGAUAUAUCUCAAGAUAUUGAAAUAUUUAAACUGAUGUUACAAAGACUAUAA